CCUAUCCAGACACCGCCGACCGGAUCACUUUGGAAUAUAUACUCCCCAUCUACAACUCUCCAUCUGCUCUCCAGCGCUCCACCGAGUUUGGUUUGAGAGCAUCUGAGACAAGAAACUCUCUCUUUCUGUUUUUGCUUUACAUUUCUGUAAUGAAUUGGGCUGUAGUCUUUCCCCAAACUCGUAGUUGCCCAUUUUUCCAAAUGCUCCGCCUGCCAGUCUGGCUUUGCAUGUGGGUAUAGCCGGUGAUUUCAGCCUGCGUCCAGGUGGUGCACGGGAAAGGGUUGCACUGGGAAUAUUUUAUCUUUAAUAAUUUAUCUUUUUUGGAAGCGCGUCCACUAUUUUUUCCCCCACAAUGGCUGAUGCAAACGCAGAAUGCAAUAUCAAGGUGUUGUGUCGAUUCCGUCCUCUUAACAAGUCCGAAAUUAUCCGCGGAGAUAAGUUCAUCCCAAUAUUUCAAGGAGAAGACACUGUCAUCCUCGGGGGGAAGCCCUACGUGUUUGACCAGGUGUUCCCCACGAAUGCCACUCAGUUACAGGUCUACAACACCUGUGCCAAGCAGAUCGUCAAAGAUGUACUGGGUGGAUACAAUGGGACCAUCUUUGCCUAUGGGCAGACGUCCUCUGGAAAAACACACACUAUGGAGGGGAACUUACACGAUCCCCAGGGAAUGGGAAUCAUCCCCCGCAUCGCAGAGGACAUUUUCGAACAUAUAUUUGCUAUGGAUGAGAACCUAGAGUUUCACAUAAAGGUCUCCUACUUUGAGAUCUACAUGGAUAAAAUCCGGGAUCUGCUGGAUGUGACAAAAACCAAUCUGUCGGUGCAUGAAGACAAAUACAGAGUUCCUUAUGUGAAGGGCUGCACAGAGCGCUUUGUCACAAGCCCAGAGGAAGUGAUGGAUGUCAUAGAUGAAGGGAAGGCCAACCGUCACGUUGCAGUCACCAACAUGAAUGAGCACAGUUCCCGCAGUCACAGCAUCUUCCUGAUAAACAUCAAACAAGAACACGUGGAGACAGAGCAGAAGCUGUGUGGGAAGCUGUACCUGGUCGACCUAGCUGGGAGUGAGAAGGUCAGUAAGACAGGUGCGGAGGGAGCAGUGCUGGAUGAGGCCAAGAACAUCAACAAGUCUCUGUCGGCCCUGGGGAACGUCAUCUCAGCUUUGGCCGAAGGAACGAAAUCCCACGUACCAUACCGUGACAGCAAGAUGACUCGCAUCUUACAGGACUCGCUGGGCGGGAACUGCCGCACCACCAUGUUCAUCUGUUGCUCUCCCUCCAGCUACAACGAUGUAGAGACCAAGUCCACCUUGAUGUUUGGCCAACGAGCCAAGACCAUCAGAAAUACUGUAUCAGUGAACCUGGAGCUCACAGCAGAGCAGUGGAAGAAGAAGUACGAAAAGGAAAAGGAGAAGAACAGGUCAUUGAAGGAGACUGUUCAAAGACUGGAGGCUGAGCUGAACCGCUGGAGGAAUGGUGAGGAUGUUGUUGCGUCAGAGGAUCUGAGCCCAGAAUCUGAGGACGUCCCCCUGGUGCCUCCCGAAUCCGAGGAGCCGCUCCCUGACAUCUGCAGCCCCUGCAGCCCUUGCUCAGUUGCCUCUUCCAUUGUGGUUCACAUCUCUGAGGAGGAGCGGCAGAAAUAUGAGGAGGAGAUCCGCAAGCUUUACAAACAGCUGGAUGAUAAGGAUGAUGAGAUCAACCACCAGAGCCAGAUGGUGGAGAAACUGAAGGAGCAGAUGCUCGACCAGGAGGAGCUCCUGGCAUCAUCCAGGGGAGACAGCGAGAAGGUGCAGUCUGAGCUCGGCAGGCUGCAAACGGAGAAUGAACACGCUAAGGCUGAGGUGAAGGAGGUCCUUCAGGCCCUGGAGGAGCUGGCAGUCAACUACGACCAGAAGAGCCUGGAGGUUGAGGAGAAAAGCGUGCAGAAUAAGCUGCUGGCUGAAGAGCUUGCAAAGAAAAUGGCUCACCUCAUGGCUUUGGAGGCAGAACUGUCCCGUAUCCAGGAAGUGAGCAGCCACCAAAGGAAACGUAUCGCAGAGAUUCUCAAUGGUCUGAUGAGGGACCUGAGUGAGUUCAGCACCAUUGUUGGAAACAGGGACAUCAAGCUGCCCAUGGAGAUCACUGGUGCGAUCGAGGAGGAGUUCACAGUGGCCCGCCUUUACAUCAGUAAGAUAAAAUCAGAGGUGAAAUCCAUGGUGAAGCGCUGCCGCCACCUUGAGAACCUUCAGAUGGAGUGUCACCGCAAGAUGGAGGAGACGGGCAGAGAGCUUUCCUCCUGUCACCUCCUCAUUUCCCAGCACGAGGCAAAGAUACGCUCUCUGACAGAGUACAUGCAGAAUGUGGAGCUGAAGAAGAGGAAGCUGGAGGAGAACUAUGACUCUCUGAGUGAGGAGCUGGCCAAACUCCAAGCUCAAGAGAGCAUGUCACAAGUGACUAGCGGGCAGAACCAGUCGUCCAUCCAGGAUUCCUGUGAUAUAAAGAGGGCUCUGGAGCAGCAGAUGGAGUCACACCGUGAGUCGCACAGCAAACAGCUUGGCCGCCUGCGAGACGAGAUCAAUGAGAAGCAGAAGAUCAUCGACGACUUAACUGAUUGUAACCAGAAGCAGCAUCUGGAGUUGGAGCAACUGCACUGUGACUUUGAACGUCUCAGGAGCCAAGAGCAUCACAAGAGCCGACAGCUGGAGGAACUGACAUUUCUCCAUGAGCGACAUGAGCAAUCAAAGCGGGACCUCAAAGGGCUGGAAGAGACUGUUGCUCGUGAGCUCUACACCCUGCACAACCUCCGCAAGCUUUUUGUCCAAGACCUCACGACUCGAGUGAGAAAAAGUGCACAGAUGGAGCCUGAUGAUAGCGGGGGAUACAUCACCCAGAAACAGAAGAUUUCCUUUCUUGAAAACAACCUGGACCAGCUUACAAAGGUUCACAAACAGCUGGUGCGUGACAACGCAGAUCUUCGCUGUGAGCUUCCAAAACUGGAGAAACGUCUUCGUUCUACAGCUGAGCGAGUUAAGGCCCUGGAGGGUGCGCUGAAGGAGGCCAAGGAGGGAGCCAUGAAGGAUCGGCGCCGCUACCAGCAGGAGGUGGAGCGUAUCAAAGAUGUGAUGAGGACUCGCAAUCCCUUCCGCCGGCCACAUGCUGCACAGAUAGCCAAGCCUGUGCGUGCUGGCCACUAUCCAGUGUGCUCUCCCACCAACCCGUUCUUCAUCAGAGGCUACAGUGAUCACCCUCUUCCCUUCUGCAAAGCCGAUUUCCACAACAACAGCAACAACCAGCAACAGGCGGCUGCUUCCGAUUCUCCCACAACACCAGGGAGUCCAGAGCCCAGACUACCAGAGGACAACUCCAACCAUAACAGCCCCUCCAAACACCUCGACCCCCAAAGCAACGACUCACAUGACAACGACGCUCAGGACAACAUGCCUCCAGCUGAACCGCCGAGCCAAACAGACAAGAGCACCGCAGAGAUGCUUGAUUCAGAAAAUGGAAACACCACAGAUAUCAAUGACAACAGCAUGUGUCUGAAUGUGAAUUCUGUGUCCAGAAAUGAUGUCUGCGACAAUCAGGACCCAGCCAAACUCUACAGCCUGCAGCCCGAGGCCUCAGCUAGCUAAUAGUCAUGAGCAGGCAGACGUUUUUUCUGAGGCCUCCUCUGUAAAUCUGCAUGCAGCUGAUCACUGUCCACUCAGCCUCCCCCUCCCCUCUCACUCUCACCUGCUGUAAACAGACCUCUUUCUCCCUUCUCUCCUUCCCCUUGCUUGCUCCUCUUUAGUCCCUUCUCCUUCCUGUGUACAAUGAUGUGGGGUGUGUGUGGGUAUCUAUACGAUCCAUGGCAAGCACUGCAUCUCAAAUGCCCGACUUGGCAGCUUACACCCAUACUGCUACACACUCUUCCCCCAUGAAAACAAAGGGACCACAAAUAGAAAGGUGGGGAAGAAGGUGCAGUGUUGAAGGUAACCACUAGGGUGUGCUGUUUGUCUCAGUGAGGGCAUCACAGUGGACAUAAUGUCAGUGCGUUCAACAGUAAGAUGAGGGUAGUCUUUAUCAUUAUUAUUAUUAUUAAUAAUAAACAUACAUAUGGACUGGAAAACUCCAAGUUAAACAACAUAAAAACAGAGUGAACUAAGUACUAGUAUUUAUGUUUUUGACUGCAUGUUGAUUUUUGAUGUUGGUCUUCAGCUUUUCUCUGAAAAUAAAUGAAAGAGGGAAGAAAGCGUGGGAGGCAACAUUACCGUGAAACUGUCUCAGUCUAAAAUUACACUCUAAGUCAAUAUAAAUGGGGAAAUUAGUCUUAAAAAUGUGUUGUGUUUGAAAGAUAAGGCUGCCAUUAUUCAGUGUUUUUGUUAUUGUCCACAAAUCUUAUGAAAAGACCAAAACCAACAAUGCGUUGCUCUGUCUCAGUGUUCCCGACUUGAUCAGCCUGCCUGUGGCUCUCAGUUUAACUGAAAACGUAUAAUAAAUCUUUAAAAACAGGGCUUGAAUAUAUUGUUUCAUUUGCUCACUAAUUUCCCCAAAACAACACAACACUGCAGUUUUACUUCUAUAACAGGAGUAAACAGCACAUUUGUUUGGGACUAUGUUCAGCCAAGGAUUUACACACAUUUGGUGUGCUAGUGAGGUUGCAUUGUCACCUCACAGGUUUCUAGUUCGAACCCUGGGGUGGGGGAGCCCUUCUGUGCGGAGUCUGCAUGUUCUC